AUGAUUUGAGAGCUUCAUGGUCUGAUAAUGCAUAGUGCCACUUCUUGGGAUGGUCACUUCAUUGCUACAUUUGAUUCCCUGGCUCUAAGUUCCUAUUGUGAUUUCCAGGAUCCUAUGUGUACUGCCUGGUGUCUAUCCUGAAUAAAAGUGCAGAGGAAUGGGCACUCCCACUUUGGCUUUGUGGACAUGGGAGUUUGAAUAAAGAUGCAGCUGUAAUCCUCAGCUGUGUGUCUCAUUGAAAGGACCUAAUGUUUUACAUUAUUGGUGGGAUCACAGUGGUAUCUGUGGUAGCUUUCUUUUUCACCAUUAAGUUCCUCUUUGAGCUUGCCGCACGUGUAGUCAGCUUCCUCCAGCAUGAGGACCGGGAACGUCGAGGAGAAAGGACCAUUUAUGACUAUGUGCGAGGCAAUUACUUGGACCCCCGCUCUUGUAAAGUCUUCUGGGAUUGGAAGGAUCCCUGUGAGGUGGGACGUAGUAUGGCCUUCCGAGUGCAUUUGUUCUAUAAAAAUGGCCAGCCUUUCCCUGCUCAUCAUCCUGUUGGACUGCGAGUUCACAUCUGCCAUGUGGAGUUAGCAAUAGAUAUUCCUGUCACCCAGGAAGUGCUUCAAGAACCCAGUUCCAAUGUGGUAAAGGUGGCGUUCACUGUGCGCAGAGCUGGGCGGUAUGAGAUAAGCGUAAAACUUGGAGGCUUGAAUGUUGCGUAUAGUCCUUACUACAAAGUAUUUCAACCAGGAAUGGUAGUUCCCUCGAAAACCAAAAUUGCCUGCCAUUUCUCCACUCUGGUGCUGACAUGUGGGCAGCCACAUACUUUGCAAAUACUUCCCAGAGAUGAAUACGAUAACCCUACUAGCAACUCAAUAUCAUUGAUAGAUGAGCACAAUUACAGCCUCUCGAUCCAUGAACUUGGCCCUCAGGAAGAAGAGCCUUCUGAUGUUUUGUUUGAAAAGUCUGUGAUGUCCAAUCAACAGACUUGCCAAGUUUUCCUGAGACUCACCCUACUGCGUAGGGGUUGUUUCCAUGCCUGCAUCUCUUACCAAAACCAGCCUAUUAGUAAUGGAGAGUUUGACAUAAUUGUUCUCAAUGAGGAUGAAAAGAACAUUGUAGAGCGUAAUGUUUCUACCUCAGGGGUCAGUAUCUACUUUGAAGCCUACCUGUAUAAUGCUAGUAGCUAUACCAACACUCAGUGGCAUCUUCCACCCCUGAAUUUGGGCUCCUUUCAGCGGCGGCUUUCCACUGCUACUGAGGAUGAGGAUGAAGACUCUCCUUCUGAUAGCCCGACCCCUGAAAAAGUGAAGAAACCCAAAAAAGUUUAUUGCUACGUUUCACCUAAACAAUUCUCAGUGAAGGAAUUCUACUUGAAGAUUAUUCCUUGGCGUCUCUUUACUUUCCGAGUAUGUCCUGGCACCAAAUUUUCUUAUCAUGGGCCUGAUCCUGUACACAAAUUGCUGACAUUGGUGGUGGAUGAUGGGAUCCAGCCUCCUGUGGAGUUAAGCUGCAAAGAGAGGAACAUCUUGGCAGCCACUUUUAUUCGUUCUCUGCAUAAAAAUAUAGGAGGCUCAGAGACUUUUCAAGACAAAGUUAACUUCUUCCAGAGGGAAUUACGUCAGGUGCAUAUGAAGAAACCUCAUUCCAAAAUUUCUUUGAAAGUUAGCCGCCUUAAUCUUCUGGAUUCAACUCUGAAAGCCACACGGAAUUUUUCUGUUUCUGAUUGGAGCAAAAAUUUUGAAGUGACUUUUCAGGAUGAAGAAGCCUUGGAUUGGGGAGGUCCUCGUAGAGAGUGGUUUGAACUGAUUUGUAAAGUUUUGUUUGACACAACCAACCAACUAUUUACUCGCUUCAGUGAUAAUAAUCAAGCACUGGUACACCCCAAUCCUGAUCGACCUUCUUAUCUAAGACUGAAGAUAUAUGAAUUUGCAGGGCGCUUGGUUGGAAAGUGUCUUUAUGAGUCAUCUCUGGGAGGAGCUUAUAAGCAGCUGGUGAAAGCUCGAUUCACACGAUCGUUCUUGGCUCAGAUCAUAGGAUUAAGAAUGCACUACAAGUAUUUUGAGACAGAUGACCCAGAGUUCUAUAAAUCUAAAGUUUGCUUUAUUCUGAAUAAUGAUGUGAAUGAAAUGGAGUUAGUUUUUGCUGAGGAAAAAUACAACAGAGCUGGACAGCUCGAGAAGGUAGUUGAACUGUUAACAGGGGGUGCUCAAAUGCCAGUGACCAAUGAGAAUAAAAUAUUGUACCUGAAUCUGCUUGCACAAUACCGAUUAGCCAAUCAAGUUAGAGAAGAAGUGGAACAUUUUUUGAAAGGUCUCAAUGAAUUGGUUCCUGAAAACCUCUUGGCUAUAUUUGAUGAAAAUGAACUUGAGUUGCUAAUGUGUGGUACAGGAGAUAUCAACGUCUGUGAUUUCAAAGCACAUGCUGUGGUAGUAGGUGGUUCAUGGCACUUCCGAGAGAAGGUGAUGCGCUGGUUUUGGACAGUAGUGUCUAGUUUUACACAAGAGGAACUGGCUAGACUGCUGCAAUUUACCACUGGUUCUUCUCAGCUGCCUCCUGGAGGAUUUGCUGCACUUUGUCCAUCUUUCCAAAUUAUUGCAGCUCCAACACAUAGUACACUUCCUACAGCCCAUACCUGUUUUAACCAGCUGUGCCUCCCAACUUAUGAUUCUUAUGAAGAAGUGCACAAGAUGCUGCAGCUGGCCAUCAGUGAGGGCUGUGAAGGCUUUGGUAUGCUCUGACACCUACUGGAGGAACCCACUACCUUCUUUAAUUCUUCAGGGCAAAGCUCAGUCUUAACUUUACAGAUCCUUCUCUUGCCCAUCCGAAAGGCGGUAGAGAGCAGAGAAAGGCACCAUGUGAAUUGGAACACUUCAGAGUCUCACGCCGAUCACUCCUUUCUCAGCAUGGCACCUGUCAUGAAUUGGGGUUCACCUGUGGAGUGAGAUUGGAGUUGUAUUUCAUAGGCAUGAUGUGCCUGGGAUUACUGAUUGGAGGAAGCACACGAAGCAAUGUUGCAGCUUGGUACAGGAGAUAACUAGGAUAGUUAUAUAACUUGUUACUUUGGAGAGAUGACCAGAUGAGUUUGGGAGCCGUGAAUCCCCAGAUUACAGGAAGUCUUCAUAUCUUCCCAUGCCUUGACUUAAGUUUUCAUGUAAGCAAUCCCCCUUUUACUUGGAUGUUAAAGGAAAGCUUUAAAUUUUCUUAACCACCUUGCAUUGCAUGCUGCCACUUGGUUCUGGUUGGUGAACUGGAGCACAAGUGCUGAUCCUUGACAGUGAUUUUGAUCCUCCACCCAGUUGGUGGAGGAGGAACUGUUAAAAUGAUGGAAGAGUUUCCAUUGAUUUUUGCCAGUGAAGUUAGAGAAUAUUGUAGCUUUCCAGGUGCUGCAAUCUCUCCUGUGGAUGCUCACUGAUUGAUUGUGGAAAUUUAGGCCCAUGAGAGUUUGAAUUCAGAAACUCUGUGGGAGCCUCUUGUUAGUAACCUCUGUUCAGGUAAUGGUAGCAAAAAUGUUGUUUCCGUGUCUUGAAUCAGGCAGAGAGUAGUUAAAACAAGGCAAUUAUUCCAGCAUUUUUCUUUCCUGUGUUCUGCAUCAGAAGCAUUCCACAUGAUAUUUUUAGGAGAUGAUAUUGAAGAUGUUUACUAUUGACACAGAGGAAAUGGGCUUGCAAUAUAGUACACUACUGUUUGAACUAGGAGACAGUGGUGUGAGUCGUCCUAUAUUAUUGAUGAGUAUUUUUCAGUUACAACACAUUUAGCACUCUCACUUCCUUGGCAAUAAUGAGUGGGAAUUCAGGGGUUCCAGCUGGCAGCUUAACCAAUUUUUGUCAACAAAGCCAAAAUCUGAUUGGAUAAUAAAGCUUUUGAGUAUUUUAUUGGCACCUAAAGUGCAUUUAUCCUGGUCAGAGGAGACAGAUACCAAUGACUAGAGAUUAUAGUGUCAUUAUCUGCUAAAAUAAGUCAUUCUGCUAUACACUGAGGCUCUAAUUUUCUGGAGAAGAAUGGGUAUAUCUUACGAUAUUAUUUAAUAUUGUGGUUUACUUCUCCAUCAUCAAUAGAAUCAUUUGCAAAUUAUAAGAAAGAAGACCGUUUGCAAAUCUGCCUCAUUGAAUAUUGUUAACUUUUUCUUGAUUUGAAUAUGUACCACGUUGAUAAAGAAGUUCAAGCCAUUAUUUUGCCAAAAACCGCUGGACUAUUGAGUAUUGAAACAAUUCAGGGAUCCCUUCCUUGGGGGGCAUUUUUAGAGACCAACACUGUAUUUUUCUCCAUUGGCAGCCAUUUUUCUCCUUUAAGCAUGUAGGUACCAUUUUGAUUGUAUUAAGAAUAAAUUCUGUGGUCAGUGCAAUAAAGGCUUGUAAAUGCCUUGAAACAUUCAUUGCCCACUGCUCAUCCGGGGGACCAAACAGUCUAUGCUGCAUAGCUCAGCCAGAUGAUGGUUUAGAGCAGGGGUGUCAAACUCGUGACCCACGGGCCGGAUAUGUCACACACUGGCCACGCCCACCCCUGGUUUAGUGAAGGGGGAAAAGUUGUGAUAUGUCACGUGACGACUCUGUGUUGUCGUAAAUUUGACUCCCCUGGUUUAGGGGGUUGGGUGUUUCUUGAUGCUGUUCCGGUCUUUUCUUUUGCUCCAUUGACCUCCCAAGGGCAUUCCCAGGCAUGGCUGGAGGCUGGCUCUGCUAUAUCUUCCUCAGGAAUCCCUUUGUUUCUUUUUUAGAGCUCAGUUGUUGUUUUUUAACUGAGGAUUGAGUGGCUGGAUAUUCAGCAGACAUCUUCUGUUUGAAACCACUCUAUUAAUAAAUGCAUUUGGCACGUCUUGCCACUUUGCAGAAGCCAAGGAUUUUCAUUUUAUGUAAGCAGAGUCAAAACAGUGGUAGAUGCCCCUUGUUUUUAGCUAAAAUAUAUAUUCUUUGUGUUUCUCAGCAUUCCCUUAAUUAACAGGGUCACAUUUGUCCCAGUACUUUAUAGUUUCAGUGCAUUUUCCUAAAUCCUUGUUGCUUAAUUCUUCCCUACUCCAGUUAUAAUACUCCAGUUCUUUUUGUGUGUCGUGAUUCAGGCUGUGCUGUAACCAGCUCUAAUGUGUAUGCACACACAUGUGAGUGCUGAAUAAGUUUUAUGUUUCUUUGGUCCUUGUUUGUUUCACCCAAUAUGGAAUAAUUCCAGGGAUAGAGAUUUAGCUUAUGAUGUAGGUUCCUAUAGACCUCUGUCUCUUGGAUUGGAUACCAUAGGAUAUCCUACCCAUGAGAUUAUCUUGCAUGCUUUAAUAUCAAGACCUGUUACUUUAGCUUGGUCAGGGCCAGGCCCCAGUGGCCAGUUUCAGGUAGGAUUCAGCAAGAUUAUGUAAACCUCUAAUGUAAAUAGUUUAUACAAUAAAUAAAAUAUUUGAAAUA